AUGGUCGUGGUGGCAGUUGUAAUAGACCUGAAAUGGAGCAAAGGGCGAAGCGUCUCACAAGCAGCUUUAAUUGAUAUCUCACUGAUUGGGGUUGCUAUUGUGCUAUUAAUCAUUGCUAUGGUUUUCCUGAAAAGAAGAUCGCGGAGGAGUUAUGUUGCGAUGGGCCUGAUACCAACUGGGGCAACAGAUGGAGUUGCUGAAAUCUCAAUGGCCGAAUCUUUACAGUAUAGCUUAACUGAAAUUCAAAUUGCCACAAAUAACUUCUCUGUGGAUAACAAAAUUGGCGAAGGUGGAUUUGGUCGUGUAUACAAGGGUGUACUUGGUAAUGGACAAGAAGUAGCGGUUAAGAGGCUAUCAAGGAGCUCAGGGCAAGGUGCAGAAGAAUUUAAAAAUGAAAUUCUAGUAGUCGCAAAGCUUCAACAUAGGAAUCUAGUUCGACUAUUGGGAUUUUGCUUGGAAGGGGAAGAAAGGAUACUCAUCUAUGAAUUUGUCCCCAACAAAAGCCUUGACUACUUCCUCUUUGAUCCAGAAAAUAAGCGAUCAUUGAAUUGGUCAAGACGUUACAAUAUCAUAGGAGGUAUAGCAAAAGGACUUCUUUAUCUGCACGAGGAUUCUCGUCUUAGAAUUGUUCAUCGUGACCUCAAAGCAAGCAAUAUAUUGUUGGAUGGAAAUAUGAGCCCAAAGAUCGCAGAUUUUGGCAUGGCAAAGAUUUGUGGAGUUGAUCAAUCUGAAGGAAACACAAAUAGAAUUGCUGGGACAUUUGGUUACAUGGCUCCUAAAUAUAUGAGACGGGGCCAGUUUUCGAUAAAGUCAGAUGUAUUCAGUUUUGGGGUUGUUAUUUUAGAAAUGGUUACAGGCAAGAAAAAUAGUAGUUUCCAACAAUCUGAAGAUUCUGAAGACCUCGUAAGCUAUGUUUGGAAGCAUUGGAGACGUGGCGAACCUUUAGCCUUUCUGGAUUCAAGUAUUGGAGAUUCUUUUGCCGAAAAUGAAGUCAUUCAAUGCAUCCAAUUAGGCUUACUAUGUGUUGAAGAAUAUGUCAGUAAAAGACCUACAGUGGCUUCCGUGGUCAAUAUGCUCAAUAAUAGCUCUGUUACCCUACCAACUCCACGUCGUCCAGCAGUUUUCCGGUGCCAUGAAACGGAAAGCAUGGUGGAAGAGGUGGAAGUUGAGCAAUCUAAUACCGAAAGAAUUUCAAUUCCAAGCUCUGUAAAUGAGGCAACAAUUACUGAACCAUACCCCAGAUAG